AUGGCUGCUGUAGAUGGCAACUCUUCUUCAGCUGGAGAGCUCAAUGUGAUUGGCUUGAAAGUUUUGCAGGCUCUCGGUGCAGCAUGGAAGGCAGCAUGCGGAUGGAAACGUCCAUCACGCCUUGUAAUCCCCGAGGGAACGUUCCUCGUCGGUCCAGUCCUAUUCAAAGUCAUUGAAAUUCAAUUUCAUUACAAACGAGGCAAUAAGGGGCAUACAUUAGUGGAUAGCAAGCUCUGUCACAUGCUAUUGUUUGGCUGCAAGAAUAUGAGUGUCCAAUCCAUCAAAAUCUCAGCGCCGGCCGACAGCCCUAACACUGAUGGCAUCCAUAUCGGAUCAUGUUCCAAAUCACGAUCUCACAUUGGAACUAGGGACGAUUGCAUCUCCCUUGGGCCUGGCAGCACCCAAGUGACUGUGAAAAAGGUGUUUUGUGGACCAGGACAUGGCAAUAGUGUUGGAAGUUUGGGCAAGUUCCCUAAGGAGGAGGAUGUGCAAGGGCUUCAUGUGGAGAAUUGCACCAUCUCAGACAACACCAAUGAUCUGAAGAUCAAGACUUGGGCAGGCUCAGCCAGUAGCUCUGCCUCCAAAUUCACAUAUGAGGACAUUGUGAUGAACAAUGUCGCCAACCCCAUCAUCAUAGAUCAGCAAUAUUGCCCUUAUACUUCUUGCUCACAAAAGGGUCCCUCUCGAGUCAAAAUCAUCGACAUAAGUUUCAAGGACAUCAGAGGAACCUCUACUUCUAAAAUUGCAGUAAAUCUCUUGUGCAGUGAGGCAUUCCCGUGCAAAAUGUUAAGGUUGAAGGCAUCAAAUUGGAGUACAAUGGACAAGGGGAAGCUUCGACAGCCUCGUGUACCAAUGUGA